AUGGCCAGGAAUAUGAGGGGGCCAGAGUAUUGGGGACAGAUUGAGGAUUAUGAGGGGGCCAGAGGAUUGGGGACAGAAAAAGGGGGAGAGAAAAUGAACACAGAGGAUUAUUGUCAGGGCGAGCGACAGAGGGUCACAGGAGAGAGGGACGGAGGGAAGGAAAAGGACAGAGAGAGGAUGGAGGGAGUGAGUAGGGUAAAUACAUGUCAACCUGGGCAGACACAACUUAUCACUGCACAAAACAGAUCACAGACAGGCAACAUGAGAGAGAGACAGAAAAAAGGGGGACGGACAGAGAGAGAGAGAGAGAGAGAGAGAGAGAGUGUUUGUGUGUGUGUGUGUGUGUGUGGGGGGGGGGGGGGGGGUGAUGGAGAGAUAGGAAGAUAGAGAGAGAGAGCAGGAGAGAGAGGGGGAGAGAGUAGAGAGAGAGAGAGAGAGAGAGAGAGAGGGAGAGAAAGAGAGAGAGAGGCAGAGAUGCAGGAACUCAAUCUCUGAGCUACAGCACACAUGAUGAUAAAACCCCCUCACCUGGACAAACAAGACGAGAGAUGGAGAGAGGCAUGCACUACCAACCACUGAACAGGGAUAGAUAGAGACGGGGGAAAGGGAGAAAAGAGAAGGGGAGUACAAAGGGAGAACAAUUUUAUUCAGGAAAAGUUUGCUAUUUUUUCUGAUUUUAAACUUGGGAGAGAGGAAGCAUUGGAUGGAUAAGGAAGCAAGUCAAAGCAGAAAUUAGAAGAGUCCAGAAAACAAUUACUUUAAUAGAUACAGAACUAGUCAGGUCAGUUUGAAGUAUCUGUAAAAUAAAAUCCAUUAGGAAAACUAGAGAGGAGAGGGAGGAAGAGAAAGAGUGAGAGCGAGAAAGAGAGAGAGAGAGAGCGCGAGAAAGAGAGAGAGAGAGAGAGAGAAAGGGAGGGGGAGCAAGAGAUAGAGCGUGUAAGCAAGCGACACCGAGAUGUUCAUGAUCAUUCCGAAGGAUUCUUCCGCCGGAGGAGGUGGUUCAGCAGGGAUGAGCUCGCCGCACGGGAAAAGCGCAAAACAGGUGUGUGUUUGUGUGUAUGGGUGUGUUUGUGUCUGUUUGUUUUCAUGUGAAUUAAUUACACAAUGAAUAUAUUUUUGGAUCUUCUAAAUUUGGCUAAUAUAUUACUGCAGAUUUCCUCUCUACCUCUAGUAAAUCAACAUAGAUGUUAUAAGAGGUUUUAGCAUCUUUUGGUGUUUCAGAUUAUAUUGUGUGUCUAUAAAUGUGUGUGUGUGUGUGUGUGUGUGUGUCGGUCUGUGUGUGUGUGUGUGUGUGUGUGUGUGUGAGGGGCUCACUGCUGUGUGUUAUGGGGAGUUGAGGGUGAGAAGAUGAGCGGAUUGAUAUAGAAUGUGGCGGGGGUAGAGAUCUCCUUGCAGGUACGGUAUAUGAAAAAAGUUCAUCUGUCAGAUGUUAUGGGAUAAAAUUAAGAAAAAAAGAUUAAUUGAUGGAGAAUACUUUUACCUCAAACACCAAUUUGUUCGUUACUCAAUUAUUGUUCAUUAUGAAGUAAUUUUACGUCAUUUAGCAGACACUCUUAUCCAGAGCGACUUACAGGAGCAAUUAGGGUUAAGUGCCUUGCUCAAGGGCACAUCGACAUUUUAUAGUUUGUAUGAAACACUUGUAUUGAUCUGACUCAGUUCCUGACUAUCAGCAUCAACGUUGUUAUAAUGGAUCUCUCACCUGUACUUUCCCCAUGCAGGUAAAAGCAGCGAUCAGUAAGAAGGUUCAGAAACAGCAGAAUAAGCAGAAGAGGUGGUCCAGUGAGCAGAGUGGAGACUCAGAGGUCUCAGCGGCUGGAGUCAAGCCCACUCAUGGUAGGAGGUACAGCCAGACCCCAACCCCCUUCCCCAGAGACAGAGAGAGGGGUACAGGGGACGAAGAGGAGGAAGAGGAGGACCUGAAUGUGGAGGACAAGGUGGCAGAUAUGAUAAAGACUGGUGGCCAGAAGCAGGAAGAGAAGGAGCCCAUAGACCUGCUGCCUAUAAUGGACCCAGUAUUCGGACCGGUAAGAACCAGGAUGACCUGGGUCUGACCUCAGAUAGGCCUCCUUUAGCCCUGUGUGUCUGUGUCUGUGUCUGUGUGUCUGUGUGUGUGUGUCUGUGUAUGUGUGUGUCCAUGUCCAUCCAUCCAAGGCAUGAUUGCAAUCCACCAAGGUCCUGAUUGAAAUUCUAAGCCCCCAUGCUCCAAAUGUAAACGCUGACUCUGUCCCCAUACUCUACGGUAGUUGCUUAUCCUAUAUCCUAUGUCCCAUGGUUAAUUCUGACCUAAGCCACACUGACUGGACUGCUUAUAGUGUGUAUUUUGAUUAGCGCUCAUGCUAAUAGUCAGACUGGACCCUGCUCUAGUGUUAGCCUUGAUGCUAACAGAGUUGUGUUGUUUAUCUUUGUGUUCAGGGUUCAUGUGGUAGCGUGUGUGAGGGUUUAAGCUCCUUCGUUGGCAUCUGCUACAUUAGGAAAGUGUCAUCCGUAACAGAUAUCAUUUUACGCCCCAGGAUUAAUGAACACCAAACAGUACUCAUCCCCACCCACAUGACACGACACAACAGCACAACAUCACAUGGCUUCAGAGUGUUGGGGGGGAGAACAGUAGAUUUGCCUGGCCUGCUCUCCUCCGUGCCCGUAUUCGGCUCUGGUUCUGACUCACUGAGUCACUGCAGAGUUCCUGUAGUUGACAGGUUGAGUCACUGGAUACUAGUAUCAGUAUCUGACACCUGAUCAGAACACAAUACGUCUUCAGAAUUACCGGCUCCUACACGCAUAUCACCAUAGUGACCAGAGCCUUACUUCCAGUCAGGGGUAAGUCAGGUUACAUGACGCAUGUCUACCUGAGUCUGUCUCAAUACACACACACUUACCACACACUCCGUCCUCUCGGCAUGCAGAGCACACAAAGUGUGUGUGUGUGUGUGUGUGUGUGGUUGUGAGCUGACACCCAUACUGGUUGUGUGACAGAGAUGUCUAAUACUGAUACCUGAUAGAGAUCAGAUGCUGUUUAGAACACACAGAACCAGAAACCCAACAGAGUCACAUGAUUCAUUGACAUGAUCAAUAAUAAAAUAUAAAUUAGAUAGGUAAUCAGUCUUAAUGGCAUUGGUUGCAACAAUGUUUAUCCUUUCAACAGCAUCAGUGUUGUUUACCAGACUUGUCCUGGGCCUAGUCCUCAUUAACCCUGUGUGUGUGUGUGUGUGUGUGUGUGUGUGUGUGUGUGUGUGUGUGUGUGUGUGUGUGUGUGUGUGUGUGUGUGUGUGUGUGUGUGUGUGUGUGUGUGUGUGUGUGUGUGUGUGUGUGUGUGGUUUGGUGGAUUCAAAUAAAGUAUUUAAUGUGUGUGUGUGUGUGUGUGAUUGCCACUUUCUUUGUUGUUUCAGCUGCUGAUUGCCGCUUUAAAUUCUGCCAAAUACUUAUGGAAUACUAUAUUUUGUACUAUAUUUUGGACAGAAGCUGUCCUCUAGUGGUAUUAAAUUGACACUGCAGCGUUGAACUGACCUAGAACUGACCUAGUACUUGUUAAAGAUUUAGUCAUGACAUGAGGCAAAAUGUUAAUUUGAUCUAAGUCCAAGUCUGUCUCCAAAAGUAUAGAGGAAAAGUGGUCAGUUGAUCUUGUAAUACACAUCUGUCACCCAGUCAUUCUUGGCACUCAUACGUCUUAUUUACUACUAUCACCAUACUUCCGGGUUUGAAUGGGAGAGAGAGAGAGAGAGAGAGAGAGAGAGAGAGAGAGAGAGAGAGAGAAUUUGUGUGUGUGUGUGUGUGUGGGGGGGGGGGGGUGAUGGAGAGAUAGGAAGAUAGAGAGAGCGAGAGAGAGGGGGAGAGAGUAGAGAGAGAGAGAGAAAGAGAGAGAGAGGCAGAGAUGCAGGAACUCAAUCUCUGAGCUACAGCACACAUGAUGAUAAAACCCCCUCACCUGGACAAACAAGACGAGAGAUGGAGAGAGGCAUGCACUACCAACCACUGAACAGGGAUAGAUAGAGACGGGGGAAAGGGAGAAAAGAGAAGGGGAGUACAAAGGGAGAACAAUUUUAUUUAGGAAAAGUUUGCUAUUUUUUCUGAUUUUAAACUUGGGAGAGAGGAAGCAUUGUCAAGUCAAAGCAGAAAUUAGAAGAGUCCAGAAAAAAAAAACUUUAAUAGAUACAGAACUAGUCAGGUCAGUUUGAAGUAUCUGUAAAAUAAAAUCCAUUAGGAAAACUAGAGAGAGGAGAGGGAGGAAGAGAAAGAGUGAGAGCGAGAAAGAGAGAGAGAGAGAGAGAGAGAGAGAGAGAGAGAGAGAGAAAGGGAGGGGGAGCAAGAGAGAAAGCGUGUAAGCAAGCGACACCGAGAUGUUCAUGAUCAUUCCGAAGGAUUCUUCCGCCGGAGGAGGUGGUUCAGCAGGGAUGAGCUCGCCGCACGGGAAAAGCUCAAAACAGGUGUGUGUUUGUGUGUAUGGGUGUGUUUGUGUCUGUUUGUUUUCAUGUGAAUUAAUUACACAAUGAAUAUAUUUUUGGAUCUUCUAAAUUUGGCUAAUAUAUUACUGCAGAUUUCCUCUCUACCUCUAGUAAAUCAACAUAGAUGUUAUAAGAGGUUUUAGCAUCUUUUGGUGUUUCAGAUUAUAUUGUGUGUCUAUGAAUGUGUGUGUGUGUGUGUGUGUGUGUGUGUGAGGGGCUCACUGCUGUGUGUUAUGGGGAGUUGAGGGUGAGAAGAUGAGCGGAUUGAUAUAGAAUGUGGCGGGGUCAUUCUUGGCACUCAUACGUCUACUACUAUCUACUACUAUCACCAUACUUCCGGGUUUGAAUGGGUGAGAGAGAGAGAGAGAGGGUGAGAGAGGGUGACAGACGGACGGACGGACGGACGGACGGACGACCAAACUACAGUAUUGAAUAAUAAUUUAAUCAGAUAAGCCUCAUCUUUGAGUGGUCAUGGAAUGUCACAUAAUGUAUAUCCUACUACAAAUGUUAUUUAUACAACAGACACACACACAAAUGUACUCACUGAUGUGUUUGAUUACCCAAUAGCCUGGAAGUUGCCAAAGUACUUAGUUCACAGCUGUGCAUCAUAACAAGUCCCAGCUGGAGGACCAGGCCUAUCACAGAGUUCACCCCUCUCCUAACCUCUGAGGGUAUGGAACUCUCUGGAUAGUAGUUGGGGCCCGCUAGGUACCAAUGGGCAUAGAUCUGGCAUCAGUUUACCUUCUCCCAAUCCUAACCUUAACCAUAUGGGGGUGAAACACAAAUCUGACCUUAGACCAGAGUCUAUGGACCUUAACCCUUGCCUUAGCCUUAUACCCCCAAGGUUUAUCAUAAGAACAAUGGCUUAGAAUGGUAUGCGUUAGUAAUAAGCUCUACAAAGUCAGGCUACCGUAUGUUAACAUCUGCCCCUGUUGACAAUAAAUAAAUCCUAUUGGUCUCUCUCUCUCUCUCUCUCUCUCUCUCUCUCUCUCUCUCUCUCUCUCUCUCUCUCUCUCUCUCUCUCUCUCUCUCUCUUCCUUUCUCUCUCAGCCUGUCCUUAUACAGCAUGUAAUUCCCAUCACUAGUCAUAGUAUUUAUUUAGUCAUGUGAGUCAGUGUUGUGGCACAGAAACACAGUUUAAAUGUUGUCCUGGAGUGUCUGAUAUUAUGUCCUGUGUCUCUGGAUUAGACAGCAUUACAGCUCAGAUUAGACCCUCUGUAAUGCUUUUAUGAUUCACCAAUCAGAGAGAAUACUACAUUUGACAUCCAAUGAAAGCGUGAAGAUGUUUUUAUUGAUUUUAAAAACAGACCAAUCAGAGCAGUCGACUGUGAUGCGCGUAUUUGGUUUGGAUACGAUUAACACACGCAUACAGUUAAAGGUGUGUGUGUGUGAUUCUUACACACGCACACACACUCAUCUAAUGGUAGCCCAAGACCGCAGCUUCCAGGCUGUUUGAGCAUCAGUCUCACUCUUGGCUCUUUUCUUCCUUGCUCAUUUUUUCUUUCUUUCGCUGUUUUGCUUACUGCUUUCCCGUAGAUGUUUAUCCCUUGACCAGCUCCAUUUUCUUUCUCCCUGUCUCUCUGAAUUUCCCAUCCUUGUUUCUCCAUCACUCCUCCUCUUUACCUUCUCACCAUCUCUUUUCAUCUUGCAUCACCUCUCUCUCCAACCUGUCCUCAAUUUCUCCCUCUUUUGUUGUUUCUCUCAUUCUCCUUACUCUAUCCGUUUCUCUUCUUACCCCUCCAUCUCUCCCUUUAAUCUGAAAUGCAGGGAUAGGGAUUUUUAAAUCCCUUGCGUUUGUCCCCUCUAAUUCUCUCUAUCUAUCUCUCCCCCUCUCUCUCUCUAUCUGUCUGCCUCUCACCACCCUACAUAAAUGCAGUCAUUUGAAUGGCGUAACAAGCCUUGCUCCAGGGACAGAGAGGGGGAGGGAGGGAGAGGGGUAGAGAGAUAGGGGAUUAAAGAAGGGGUAAAAUUGAGAGUUGACGAGUGAGUAGGAGCGAGAGGGAGAGAGACAGAGUAAUGCACGCAUGGACAGAAUGUCAUGCAGCUCUUUUCUGUUCAGACAUAGAAGUGGGCUAGGUUCCUGCUUGUUUUAGGGGAUUUAGGAUCUUCUGAGUGUGGAUUAGAGGUACUACUGUAUGUGUUUCAACUCUGAUAUGAACAUCACUCUUCAGACCACGAUGUGACCGGGUGAUAGGAUCUCCUGGACCCCACCUCAGAACUCUAACCUCGGGUGGGACCUUUAGAACUCCAAAGAAAGGGGGAAGAGAGACAAAGGCAGAAAAAAUAGGAACAAGAACGAUAGAAGAGAGCGGGAGGGAAGAGAGAGGGAGGGUCAAGAGUGUUACUUCACACUGAGGAUAGGGGAUGGGAAAUUGUACCAAGCCAUCCAUGAAAAACAAAAUGAAGAAGGUAAGAGUAGUUCAAUUUGCUUUUGUUUUUUAAAAGAUAUGGGGACGAGGGAAACUUAUGCUUGCUACUUCCUUGUCUAUGUGUGUUUAUGUGUGCAGUAUCAUGACAAUAUUGACAAAAUGUAUUUGUUCUGCAAGUACUCAAUUUAGAAUAGGUCCUGUGUAUUUAUAAACAACAUUGAUCUGCAUGAUUGUCACAACAUUGAUCUGAAACAAUAUAACGUAAUUCUUCUGAACAACUCCAGUAGAGACAAUCUAUGACGUUUCCUUUUCACUUAUAUGCAUAAUGUCUCUGCAUCUCUGUACAAUGGAGACCUUUACUUGAUUAUCUCCAAGCAUAAUGAGCAGUAUUAAUCCCCAGAGAUCUUUAUAGUUGUGUUUCCUAAAGGGCAGGCCCCAAAACCAGAUCAAUCAUGUACUAGACAUUGGGAUUUUGAUACUACAGUUUUUCUCAAUCGCAUACAAGCAUUUUUUUGAAUAGAUCAAUGCUGUCGAUUUUCAAAACAGUGUUCUCAAGACACAGAACUCUGUGGCCUUCUGAAAAACAGUAAAUGCAUUUUCAAAAUGUAGUUGCCUUCUCAAAACUUAAAUAUAUUCAUCAAUUCUAUAUGAUAUUGUCACAAUUGCUAAUGCAUUACUCAAAAGAACACAACUGUCUGCAAAAAUAUUAACACAAACAUUUAUUUAUCUUGAGUCUAAGCUGACAAAACAGAAAGUUAGUCUGUUUUUUUUUGUAUUCCAGUGAUCAAAAGAUUUGCUUUGCUGUCACUAAAUCAUGAUGAUCAAAAUUGGAAAUACAACUAUCAAAGGGUGCAUAAUUAUGGAUAAUGACUUUCCCUUUAUGCAUAUUUCACCAAACAAUUUCAAACACAUCAAAUUCAAUAUUAUUCCUGAUCAAAAAGAAAAUAGAAAAUAAGCACACUGUGCAGGAAUCAUUCAUCAGUGUCAUCACAAUCCAAUACCAUGUAUUCAAUACUAAACAUAGGCUUAGACUUUCCAUCGGCUAGCAGAAACACAAUCCUCAGUAGAAACAAGGAAAGGUGAAUACAAUGGAGGAACACAACUGAUAUGAAUAUAUAGGCCUCAAUCCACACCAAAACAAAGCUCUAUAAUGGAAGGUCAAAACCCAUUCGGCAUAGACCCCAGUUCAACGUCUAGUUUUGAUUCACAUUUGGUUGAGUUGUCAACUAACGUGAAUUCAAAGUGAAAUCAACAACAAAAAAUUACCCACGUCAUUGGAUUUAGGUUAAAAGUUGGGUGAAAAAAAGACAAAAUGCCCUUACGUUGAUGACUAUUGGCAAAUUGAUUUUUCACGUUGAUUCAACAUCAUCACAUAGAUUUUUAGGGUUGAAAUGAUGUGGGAAAAAUGUGUUCUUCUAAGUAACUCAAAGUUACUUAGAAGUAACUCCACUUCAUUCUCUGCAUGUCUGCAAUGUUGUAAAAAAUUAGACUGUCCCUGUUGCUUAGAUCUUUCCCUAUAUUGUACCUUCCAUUUACAAUAUUGUGCAGUAGUAUUUACUGAUUGCCAGAAACAGUGAACACAUUUGCAACCUUUUCUCUUCUGAUGAAAACAACAUGUUAAUAUUCUGUGAACAAAACACUUUGCAUUGAAUUUUGUAUUCAUUGAUGACAAUUGUAUUUACAGUUUUGCAAAACUGGGUCUAAGAUAUGCAAUCCAGGCACGAAGGCAAGAAACUUAUCAGACAUUCUGCAAAUGUAUUUAAGCAUUUGAUCAUUGUUGGUUUGCUAUAGGUAAGCUUAACCACAGUUCCAAAAAAUGCUUGUACACAGGUUGAGAAAAACUGUAACUAAACACAACUCUGGUAUUCUCAUAUUGACUCGAUGUAAUCUGUAAGUGUGUUAUGUAACAUUGUGUUGAGUCUCUGAUUUGAGCAGAGUGUCUGAACACUUAGCAGAAUGAACACCCCAAUCCAACACUGAGCCAAGACUGAGCCUCGGAAAACAGAGCAGAGAAAGAGAUAGAUGGAGAGAGAGAGAGAAAGAGUGAGAGAUGGAGGGAAAGCAUGGCUUCUUGUAACCAAUACACAGACCAGCACUUAAACAGACAGAGAGCUAGACUUAUUAGGCUGCUGGUCCACUGGCUGAUAGGGCUUGUCAUGUAGAUAGAGUUAAACUUCUAAAAAUCGGACAGAGAUUGCCAAUCCUGUCCUGUCCUGUUUGCUGAUGUAACAUCUGAUCUCCCUGAGGACUAGUGCUGUGGACAGCUGGCUGUCAGACCUCAGCAGACAGAGUGGGAAACAGAGUGUGAAACCAACGACUGUUGGGUUCACUAGUUCUGGAUGAUUCUGGUUCUAAGGGGGCCGUCGAGCCCCAGGGGGGCAAGGGGGGGGCAUGGGGCCAGGAGGGGCCCCGGUCGGAGGGCGAGGAGGAAUCGGGUGAGGACAAGGAGUUUAAGGCGCCCCUGUCUGCACUGGUCCAGAACUGCACCGUGUUACACAGCAUCGUGGGCCCCGCCUGCAUCUUCCUCAAACAGGGCUUUGCAAGCAGCCAGAUCGUACGUACACACACUAGUGAACACAUACACACACAUACUGAGACACAUGCAUGCAAGCGCAUACUCAAUCACACACACACGUACACUUACAAUUACAUCCUAAACUAUUCACACACACACACACACACACACACACACACACCGACACCCACACACAUCAUGAUCAUCUUCACUUCAUUCUCACCACAUAACAUUCUCUCCACAUUUAUUUCAUUUUCAUCAUGGGACAACCAAUCAAACUUGCUAUAUAAAGUACAUACUGUAGGCAGAGAGGAGCCCAACCAAACCUUGACUGUGUUUAUCACAUACAGGGAGAUUCCAAGAAGAACGUCCUUAGUAAAGCGAAAGAGAUCUACAGGGAUUUUCUCUCCCUAUAUUUCUCUGCCACCAAACAAACUCAACCUAAUGUCCUACUCCACCAAAACAGGCACGACCUACAGUGUGUGUGUGUGUGUGUGUGUAUAAACAAUGCACAUUAUAUGUCCAAGGGUCUCACUUAUACUAAACCACCCAAAUCUCCUAAUCUCCAGCUGUUGGGGGGGGGCAACCCCCACCGUCCCCCCCAUCCCCCAAUAAUCUGGUUACUACUGUGAUUGAUGUUUUGUGAAAGUGUUUUACUGGGUCCAUAAUACAAAAAUGGCUCAUACAAUGUAAUCUGUAUAGAUUUAGGUUCAGAUAUAUUCCAUCUUUAGACGCAAUGUACUAGAUAGAUAUACUGUUUAGUCUAACUUUGCAGAGCAUUCUGGUUUACUCUUUCUAAUAAUGUGUGUCUACUGGCACACUGCAAAUGACAUGUACCGCCUCUGCCUUUAUAUAUGAAUCAUACCAUAGCAAAGAGUUGUAUAUUUUAUCAAGGAAAGACAAAUGACAGACUUUCUCUCUCUCUUUCUCUCUCUUCUUUUCUCUCCUCCUCUUUCUAUCUUUGGCUGAUUGGUUCCCAUGGUCUUUGUGAUUGAGGCUCAUUGUGCAUUUCAUAAUAUCAGUGGUUGAACAUUGUGUGUUUGUUGAUCUUUAGAUUUGCAUCUGGGUGUUUGACUGCAGUUGUUGUAUCAACAUAAAAGCAUGCACGUAUGUUGUUUGUCUUAUUGUGGGUACGUGUGUAAACAGAUUGUGUGUUUGUGAUGUAGUGUGUGUGUGUGUGUGUGUGUGUGUGUGUGUGUGUUCAUGUGUAACUACCAGUCUGCUUAUGAUGUCCUUCUGCUACCUCCAACAGGACAGGGACCUACGACCAGAGGAGAUUGAAGGUAGAUUAUCCCCUUCUAUCUCACACAAUCAGAAUCAUACCAUGACAUGUUUUACAAUAUAGAUUCUCUAAUUCUUACCCUGUGUGUGUACUUGUAUGCUUGUGUUUGUGUGUGUGUGCGCACGUACGUGCGUGCCUGUGUGUGUGCAGAGCUUCGCGAGGCAUUUGUGGAGUUUGAUAAGAAAAAGAAUGGCUACAUCAGCUAUAAGGACCUGGGAGAGUGCAUGAGGACCAUGGGCUACAUGCCCACAGAGAUGGAGCUCAUAGAGCUGGGCCAGUCCAUCUGUGAGUCUGAUGGCAUCAUCAACAUGAGACAGCGGAAACACCACAGAUUCAUAGAAUAUCUGAAACUUUAGAGUGCUAUGGCAGAAUUUAGGUUGAUUAUUACAACGAAUUAUGAACCAAGGAAAGACAAAAUCAAGGAAUAUUUAGGCAAUGUAAGACAUAUUGUAACUAUGAGUAAUUGUAGUAAUGUUUUUAUCUGGUCUGUAGGUGGCGGCAAACUAGACUUUGAGGACUUUGUGGAGCUGAUGGGCCCAAAGAUGCUGGCAGAGACAGCAGACAUGAUCGGAGUGAAAGAACUGAGAGAUGCAUUCAAGGAGGUCUCUCUCUCUCUCUGUCUCUCUCUGUCUCUGUCUCUGUCUCUGUCUCUGUCUCUGUCUCUCUCUCUCCUCUCUCUCUCUCUCUCUCUCUCUCUCUCUCUCUCUCUCUCUCUCUCUCUCUCUCUCUCUCUCUCUGAUUGUGUGGGCUCAAAGCUGACAGAGAUGGUUGCUGUCUUUCUCAAUGUGAGUAACUGUCACUAUAGCCUCCUUUCACUCUUUCUCUCUCUUUGUGUCUUUCUCUCUCUUUCCCUCUCUCAGUUUGAUGCUAACAGUGAUGGUCAGAUCAGUAUAAUGGAGCUGAGGGAGGCCAUGAAGAAGCUCAUGGGAGAACAGCUGACCAACAGAGAGAUCGACGAGAUCCUCCGAGACGUGGACCUCAAUCAGGACGGACUGGUCGACUUUGAGGGUGAGAGAGGUGUGUGUUUGUGUGUGUGUGUGUUUGGGUGCGUGUUUGUGUGUGCACCCAUGCUCAGCUUCAGUACUGAUUUAUAUUUGUUAGAAGCAGUGGCUUGGGUUUUUUGUUGGUCUGUGUAUGGGAUAAUCAUGUCUCCUUUUCAUUUAACUCUCUUUCUGUCAUUAUCCCUCCCUGUUUUCGCAGAAUUUGUUCGAAUGAUGUCACGCUGAGAUAACCAGAUGGCGUUGUUGUGUAACAACUGGAAAAGGGACCACUACAUUUGCAGUGAACAACUGGAAAAGGGACCACUAUAUUUGUAGUGAACAACUAGAAAUGGGACCACUACAUUUGUAGUGAACAUUAUUGUUCUACUGACUGGACCUCGGUUUGUAAUUUUUUGUUUAGCAGCACUUAAAUUGAGUGAACUCUUAAGGUAGUUCUACAAAUCUUAGAACUCAAGCUGUGACAGUUAAAUUGAACAUUGAUUGGUUGUAACAUAUCAAAAUCCAAAUGCAUGGCUGUCAUGAUUAUAUCUUAUCUUUUUAAAGUGUCUUUUUUGGUUGUUGAAGUCAAUGUUUUUAUUCUGUGUUCAAAGGUUUAACCUUGUUUGUAAAAUGUGACGUUAUUUUCAAAUAAAAAGUAAUCUGUGUUUCUAUUGCCGUUUAUAUGUUAUCUUAAAUGUAAUCAUUUA